AGCAGCCAAUGGCCGCGAGGACAGGGCGGGCGGAGGCGGGAGUAUUUCUAACCAGCAUAAUGCUGGAGCGAGAGACUGGCAGCCGGCAGUUUGCAAAAUGGCCGAGCUGGACGCCGAUUUGGAUCGCAUCAUUCCGUCUUCUGUUCUUCCCCCUUUCUGGGCUAAGUUAGUGGUGGGAUUUGUUUCCCUCGUGUGUUUCGCGCGUAGCUACGAUGGAGAUUUUGUCUUUGAUGACUCUGAAGCUAUUAUUAACAAUAAGGACCUCCGAGCAGAGACGCCCCUCGGGGACCUGUGGCAUCAUGACUUCUGGGGCAGUAGGCUGAGCAGCAAUACCAGCCACAAGUCCUACCGCCCUCUGACCGUCCUCACUUUCAGGAUUAACUACUAUUUGUGUGGAGGCUUCCACCCCAUGAGUUUCCACGUGAUCAACAUCCUCCUGCACGGUGGCAUCUCUGUCCUCAUGGUGGAUGUCUUCUCCGUGCUGUUGGGCGGCCUGCAGUACACGAGUAGAGGCCGGAGGUUGAACCUGGCCCCCAGAUCGUCCCUGCUGGCCGCUCUGCUAUUCGCCACGCAUCCGGUGCACACGGAGUGUGUUGCUGGUGUUGUUGGCCGCGCAGACCUCCUUGGGGCCCUGUUCUUUCUGUUAUCUUUCCUUGGCUACUGUAAAGCAUUUAGAGAAAACACUGGAUGUGAUGAAUUCAGCUUAUGUACCUGUCAUGCCUACAAGCUCCAGCAAAAGUUCUACACUCAGUUUCUGUUACCUGGAGAAGUCAGAAGUGUAUGGAUUGUAGAACGCUCCUUGUAUCUCACAGUUAAUGGUUUCUGUUUGGGGGAAGGGGACAAGAGGGAAGGUGAGUGGGAUGAUUUCCUCUGGAAUGUUGGAGUGGAGCCUUUUAAGCAGGAGCGCACGUGGACCUUGGCCUGCUUGAGGCUUUUCCACAGAGUUUCUCAAAGCUCAGCAGUGAUUUUGCAUGUUGUGGAGGCAGAAUUUUAUGAAUGGAGGAAACUAAGUGACAGGAACUUGUGGCUAAUGAUGGUGAAAUUUUACUUCUCCCACUAUGCAUAUGUCCCUUUAAAUGAGCAGUUUUUGCAGAGGGCCGUGCUUUAUUUUCAGUAUGCAGAUCUAAACCGCCACGUGGAUGCCCUGAACGCGUGGAGGAAUGCGACUGUGCUGAAGCCGGAACACAGUUUGGCUUGGAACAACAUGAUCAUACUCCUCGAUAACACAGGUAAUUUAGCCCAAGCUGAAGCAGUUGGAAGAGAGGCACUGGAAUUAAUACCUAAUGAUCACUCUCUGAUGUUCUCGUUGGCAAACGUGCUGGGGAAGUCCCAGAAAUACAAGGAAUCUGAAGCUUUAUUCCUCAAAGCAAUUAAAGCUCAUCCAAAUGCUGCAAGUUACCAUGGCAAUUUGGCUGUGCUUUAUCAUCGCUGGGGACAUCUCAAUUUGGCCAAAAAACACUAUGAAAUCUCUCUGCAGCUUGACCCCACUGCAUCAGGAACUAAGGAGAAUUAUGGUCUGUUAAGAAGAAAGCUGGAACAAGUGCAAAAGAAAGACGUCUGAUCCUUUUUUCUUGCAUUUUUUGUUUGUGUGCAUGAGGCAUAUCAUUAAUAUUAUGUGGUUAUGUUUAACCAUUUAAAAGUCUUACAUGUUGUUUAUUUUAUUCUGGUUUUUUUUUUCUAUGAAAACAAAGACAUGCAAAAAGAUUACAGCACCAGCAGUAUGCUCUUGAAAGCUUGAUGUGGUUUUUGCAUUGAAAUUGUAUUUUUUCAGACGACUCAAAUGUAAAUUCUAAAAUUCCAAGAAUGAAAUCUUUUUUAAUUAAAAAGAAAAAAGAAAAAAAAUUCUCUGGAGCGACUUGCAGUAGGAUGAAACCUGCAUCUGGGGUGUGAGCCAUGUUGUAUAGGGACUAACACUAUUGUCUGUCAGUCGUGAGCAAGAAAUGACAAACUGACUCCUACAAUUUAUAUAAAUAUCGAAUGUGUCUGUAUAUUAGAAUUCUUAUUUAAUGACCAGAAAGAGUAAAUUAAGAUUUUUGUUUUCUUAAUCUUUUUUUAAACAGUGCACUAGGAACUUCACUUGUAAGGACAUAUAUUUAUUUGUAUUCUUAUGUUUUGAACAGGGCAAAAAAUUGAAUGAAGAAAGGAAAUUUUAACAUCUAGUAUAUUUAUAUACUUUUUUCCCCAUUGGAAGACACUCACUCCUGCAAUAAUUUUUGGAUUCUCCCAAUUUCAGCUUCAUAACGUAGGAAAUUAUGUUGUAUUUGUAUUCUAUAUAAGCUGUUAUUAUUAAUAGAAAAUUCAAGCCAUGCUUUAGGCAAAAGCAGGCAGCCUGAUGUCUUUUUGUUACAUCCAGUAUUAAGAGGGCUACAUAUCUAUGUAAGUUGCUUUUUUAUGUUUUUAGCUGUGAAGCAGUUUUCCAUUUGGCUUAAUGGAACUACAGUCAUUACUAUAUCCACAAAAUGCAAGAGCUAAAUUUUCUCUUAAAAGGAGCCACAUUUGGGGUGUUUGUGAUAAUUUUAAGAAUUGAAAUUUUUCCUGUCUUACUGGAUCAGAAUAAUCAUGUCUGCUUUGUUUUAUUCUUCUGUAUAUGCUGUUGACCUAAUGAUUUAUGCAAUCUCUCUAAUUUCUUAUGCAGUAAAAUUAUUACACAAACUGGUAUAAAAAUGGCGUGUUGCCCUCUUAAUAGAUGAUUUUCGAGUUAGUGAACUUUGUCUUCCUUUCCCUUUAAAAGGAAGUGGCCAAUUCGUCCUUCUGGUAUGUGGCUUCCCUUUG